AUGUUAGAGUGUGAUCAAAGAGAUCUUCAAAGUCAUUUCAAAAAAGAAAGCCCCAAAGCCUUAAAAGAGCACAAAGAGCAAGACUUUCAAGUAAAAUUCAAGACAGAAAUUUGUAAGAACUGGGUAAAUGGAUUUUGUCCUUUUGGAGAAGCUUGUGCGUUUGCCCAUGGGAAAGAGGAACUAAGAGACAAAGUCGGCGUCCGCACAAAAGAAUGCAAGCACUUCUCAGAGCUUGGGUGUUGUACCUAUGGUGAAAGAUGCCAGUUCAAACACACAAUUGUAUCAAAGCAUAGAUUACCUAUUUUCUUAAGUAUUUCUAUGAGAGGUCAAAUUGAAAGUCAAAUUUAA